AUGUCCGGUAUGGCGAAUGUCGGGGCGGCUGGGUCCGCCAUGACGGCAAAUUUUGCCUGCAAUAUCCUUGGGCAGUGCAUUCAGGCCGAGUGCAACACUAACCACUGCUGUAGAGAUUGCAAGGGACCCGUGCACAAUACGUGCAGCCAGGACCUUAGGGGUGUUGGCGAACCCUCCGAGUUCGGGUUUGCAUGCGGGGGAGACAUGUGCAAACUCAAGAUGACGGAGGAAGAGAAAGCCGGAGCUAUUCGUCACCGCGAUGUCGUGCGAGCCCGAGCUGCUGCAGGAGAAGCUGGAACAGAAGGCCCGUGCAGUGCCGGCGACAACUGCGUGGCCAAAGAAGGUUCGCAGGCUAUCGUCACACAAUGCCCUCACGGCAAUGGGAGGCACUUCGCGUGCGCCCGCGUGGCUUGCUCCCCUGACUGCGGCGAAGGUGGGUCCGAGGAUGAGGGUGACCCCAAGACUGCCGGAAAUUCGGACGCUUGGAAAAACGCGUCUGCCCUUGACAACAGCGGAGGUGACGAUAUCGCUGCCGCCGCCACACCCACCGCCGCACGGCAGAGGACCUCUGCCGAAGCUACUUCAACGUCGAGCCGUAGGACAUCGGGAGAAGGUGUGGGGGCCGGUAGGACGAUGAGGUUGCGCAACAAGUCCUCCUCUACGCCUUCCAAGCAGGCGGCCACGCCUUCGAAGGCUGGAUCUGUCGUCCUGCCCCUGGAAGAAAUUAAGUUCUGCAUCGCCGACGCCUUGACGCACGCGUUCGGAGACAAGAAGAUCGUCGGUACUUUGGUAGACAAGAUGGCAGGGACUGCGAGCCAAGCGAAGGCCAUGAGCGCAGUAAUGACAGCCAUCACUGCCAACUCCAGGGAGUUCAUUACUGCCGCCAAGGAAGCCGGCAAAGAAGCAUGCGCCCAGUACUUGAAGGCACCCCUCACAGACUUAGCCAAGGCACAGACGGACGCUGCCAACAAGUGGAAGGACAACUCCGUCGAGGCGGCAACCAAAUGGAAGACCACCGCCCAAGCACUCGCGAAAUCUUCAGCACAGAAAAGCACUCCGCAGGUGUCAGACGCCAAGCUGACCGCGGCAGCCAAAGCCGGCGUCAUGGCCAACAACGAGGCACUGAUGACCCUGGUGAAGACCGAGGUCGCAAGUCAAGUACUGCAGCUGAAGACGGGCCUGGAGGCACGGUUGACUGAGAUGGAGAGCAGCGCGAAAGCCGACCAAGAGACGCGUUUUGGGUCGCUGUUCACCAGCAUCCAAAGCGGCUUGACGAACGCAUGCGAGCACAUCACCGGGGUCGUGAAGGAGAACGGCCGCCAGCUCGACGAGAGCAUUUCGGGCAACAAGAGAGGCCCCCCAUCCAAGACUCCAUCGCCGAAAAGGCGCAGUCCGCGUGAGCACGAGGCUACGCGGAGGAGUGACGAACGUGAAGAGGCGACGACGCAUGGGGCUCUGGCGACGGUGGAUGGUAACACGUUAAUGAAGAUAGCCGCUGCAAUGGGCACCGCUUUGUCGCAGGGCAACGCCAAUCAAGCACGUGUUUCCGACCAGGCCCACAACAACGUCAUGGCUCAAGGCACCCAGUCAAUGGGGGGGUUCGUGUCGGUGCCACACAACAUGAUGCAGGCCCGGGGGGCUGGUGCUUCCACGAUGGCGAUGAUGCAGAACCAGGGGGCGGGUGCGUCCUCGAUGAGGAUGAUGCCGACCCAGGGGGCGGGGGCGUCGUCGAUGGGGAUGAUGCCGACCCAGGGGGCAGGGGGGUCGUCGAUGGGGAUGGGUGCACCCACACAGCGGAUGGGUACACCCUCCCAAGGUGCCACCAACCAGAGUGGCUAUAUGCAGCUUUUCGGGCAACAGAACAACGACCUCAAUCAGGGCAAUGGCUAUCCUCCCUUCCGAUUUAACUAG